AUGAGCGCUGCUGCUUCCGAGGAAUGGCCCAUCGCGAUGUCCAUCUAUGGCGGCGGCGAGGCGGAGCCGGAUGGCGAUGUGGAUUUGGAGGACGAAGGAGAAGGUGGGAGCGGUAGCAAGAGGAGGUCGCUGUUCUGGAGGAGAUGGCCUUACUACAUCUCGUACGGAGCGCUGCUGGCGAACCGGAUCCCGUGCCCGGCGAGAUCUGGGAGGUCGUACUACACCAACAAUUGCUACAAGGCUCGCACCCCGGUCAACCCUUACUCCCGCGGCUGCUCCAGAAUCACCCGCUGCAGGGCAUAA